AACCCUUGGGGAGAAAUUUAUCGCCAAACCAUUAGUGGGCCGUAGGGAGAAAAUAUCUGUGCUUCUGUGUCGUGCUCCUCUCCGUUCGCCAUAGUUUUGGCUGAGCUUACCACUUUUGCAGCUCCACUUACAGGGUCGUAGAAGCCAUAAUCUUCGGCGAUGAUGGAGCUAGUUCGAUUGGGAGGAAGAGGAUGAGGAUGAGGCGGCUCUAGCCCAGUGGCAGUCGCCGGAACAAAUUUACUCUGGCGUUGAACGCACUGAGAUUUCUGGGUGGGUUUGAUAGGUACUGCGGCGUCUUCAAAUAAGGCAAGAAAUUGGUUGUGAAGCUACGUGGCGGGGAAAAAGAUGAGCAGCUGAUGCCGAGGGCUAAAAAGUACAAGAGAGGCUCUUUUAGCCGUGUUGGAACGGAAUCUCGGACUUCAAGUUGGAGGCACAAGAAGAACUGUUGCAAUGGCGCGGAUUGUGGAGAAAAGAAGCGGAUACUUCGGGUCCAGUCUUUUCUGUCGAAGGAGUACAUUCUUAGUAAAGUUUUUCGCAAGGAUGGUCCACCGCUGGGAUUGGAGUUUGACCCUCCUCCGGAAAAUGCUAUUGGUGUUCUUACUGAUUUUGAAAACUGUCAUUGUUGUCAAGACGACCAGAGAAUCUUCAAAAGGAGAAAGGUCUUGAAGUCUUCUGCUGCUGAUAGCGUAGGGAUCCAACCUACGAAAGUUCCAGAAAAGAAGUAUGGCAUGGGAAAAGCUUUAAUGACUGUAUGGCGUGCAACUAAUUCCUGCAAUGGGAAGUUUCCGGAUGGGUCCAACUUCUUCAAUGGAAAGGUUCACUGUUUGCCAUUCAAGUCAUCUAAGGAAACAAUAAGACAGAAACAGGGCAAGACGAAGAAAAAAUUGCUCAAGAAACCUCCUAGAAGAAGAAAGGUGCCGAGAAACAUUGAUGCAAAUUUUGAGAAGCCUCAUCCUUCAGAAUGCAAGCUUAUGAUUGAUGAAACACAUAUUAUGCAUCAAACAAAAUCAGUUACACCUUUGGUCGAUGAUGAGGAGCUUGAACUCAUGGAGUUAGAGUCAGCUUCAACUCCAUUUAGAUGUUCUGAGCAUCUUGGUUCAAGAGGAGGGCAUGGUUGCCCACUUUGCAAAGAUGUUUUAACGAGGUUUCCCCCUAAAAUUGUCAAAAUGAAGCAGCCAAUUUCUGCAAAACCCUGGGAUUUUUCUCCUGAACUAGUGAAGAAAUUGUUCAAGGUUUUUCAGUUCUUGUAUAAUCAUUCAACUGCCAUCGAAAUAUGCCCUUUUACACUUGAUGACUUAGCUCAGGCAUUCAGAGAUAAGGAUUCAUUUUUAUUGGGAAACAUUCAUGUGGAGCUUCUCAGACUUCUUCUAUCAUCUGUGAAAAGUGCUGUAUCUGCUGGAUUUGUAUCACGCAGCUCAAAAGAUUGUAGAUUUUUGAGUUUGCUACAUUAUAUAAGAGAACAGGAAUUCGAUUUGGACAUUUGGAGGCAGUCUCUUAAUUCUCUUUCAUGGACAGAAAUUUUGCGACAAGUGUCGCUUGCAGCAGGGUUUGGUGCAAAACACAAUUCUGCAAGUAGAGACAUUUUUAGCAAGGAAAGAAAUCAGAUGGCAAACUAUGGUCUGCGUCCUUGUACCCUGAAAGGUGAAUUGUUCCAAAUCUUAUUGAAACAAGGCAGCCUUGGUUUGAAAGUUGCUGAGCUAGUAAAAAUUCCUCAGAUUGUCACAUUGGACCUACCAAGCACAACAGAAGAGCAGGAAGAACUAAUAAAAUCCACUCUUUCAAGUGACAUUACAUUGUUUGAAAAAAUUGGGCCUGCAGCAUAUCGUCUUCGUUGUAAUCAUCAAAUGAAAGGUAAAAAUGGUAACCAAUCUGAGGAUGAUGACUCAGGAAGUGUAGAGGAUGAGUAUAGUGAUGCCUAUAGAAAUGGAAGUUCUGAUGAUUCUGAGGGGGAGAGCUCAAUGGCUUGUGGACAAAGGAUUAUCAAAUACAAGAGAAUGCAUGUAAGAGCACAGCAAAAGUUGAUUGAGUGUUCUGAGAUUGAUGAAAGCUAUACAGGGGAAGCAUGGGUUCAAGGUUUGGUGGAAGGUGACUAUUCAAAUCUGAGUACUGGGGAGAAGCUGGAUGCUUUGGUUGCUCUUGUAGAUCUUAUUGGUUCUUGUUCCAGUGUAAGACCUGUUGAUCUAGGAGGGCCCAUGUCUGCACUUACUCCCUCUGUUCAUUAUCUUGGACCAGGAGCAAAAAUAAAGAGGCAACCAUCUAAAAUUAAUCCAACUUCUAGCAAUAUCUGGGAGGUACCUGCAGAUAGCGUGGUAGAGAGGCAUAUGCUGAGAAAUUUGUCUCGGAGUGGUUCUUCUAGAUCCUCUUCAACGGUUUCUAAGAAGGGGCAUUCUUCUGGCAGAACUGAAGCCAUGCUACCUGAUGUACAUCCUCUGAAAUCUAUUCAUUUGGGAUCUGAUCGCAGGUAUAAUAAUUACUGGCUUUUUCUUGGCCCUUGUGAUGCAACUGAUCCAGGUCAUCGGCGCAUUUAUUUUGAGUCUUCAGAAGAUGGCCAUUGGCAAGUGAUUGAAACAACACAGGCUUUGCGUGAUCUAUUAUUAGCCUUGGACCGCAGGGGAACAAGGGAAGCUCAUCUAUUUGCCUCUUUAGUGAAGCGAGAAGCAUUUCUAUGUAAAGCUAUGGAUGAUUUCCUUGCUGCUGAGUACAGAAGCAGACAAACAAAAGGAUCUGAUCUAUCUGAACUUGAUAACAGUGGAGAUGGUUCUUCUCCUAAUUCAGAUAUUGAUAACAUCUUGGUAUCUGCACAUUCAUACGAAAGCUACGCACCAGCAUCUUCUGUAGUUCUUGAAUGUGGGAGUAGCACUAAGGAAAAGAAGCAAAAAUGGGACCGUUUACAAGAAUAUGAUAGAUGGAUAUGGGGUUCUUUCUAUUCCAGUCUUAAUGCUGUGAAAAACUACAAUAGACCGUACAUGGAAUCUUUAACUCAUUGUGCGAGUUGUCAUGACUUGUACUGGAGGGAUGAGAAACAUUGUAAAGUUUGUCAUUCUACCUUUGAAAUAAACAUUGAUCUGGAAGAAAGAUAUGCCAUUCAUGUAGCGACCUGUAGGGAAACAGAUAACAACAGGGAUUUUCCAAAGCAUAAGGUUCUGCCUUCUCAGUUGCAGGCGCUGAAAGCAGCAAUUCAUUCAAUUGAGGGAAGCAUGCCUCCGGUAGCCUUUUCUGGGGGAUGGAAAUGUUCAGCUCACAAGCUUUGGGAGAAGAGACUACGUCGUACCUCCUCUUUGCUUGAACUUAUACAGGUGGUUUCUGAUUUUGUCAGUGCAAUAAAUGAGGAAUGGCUGUAUCAGAAUCCAUUAUCUUUAUCUUCUACUGCAUCAUUGGAUGAAGUCAUUAUAUAUUUUCAGACUAUGCCAAAAACAACAUCUGCAGUUGCGCUUUGGAUGGUUAAAUUGGAUAGGCUGGUUGCUCCUUAUCUGGAAAAGCUUAAAUCUGAUAGAAACCUACCAAACAGAAGAACUCAAUUGAAGGUGUUACAAAAAUCUCCAUGAUCUUCAGGGAAAUAACACAUUCACCGGAUAAUAAUUAUCAAUCAAAAUCAAAUAGCGAGAUACCUGGCAGAGUUUCUGGGCUCCAAUUCAUGUUGAUUCUGAUCUUGGCAUGUUGUGGACUUGUAUAUUUCAGUUCAGUUACUGCUCACACGGUAACUGUUCUUAUGAGCUUUUUCCAGUUCAACAGAUGGGCAUAUAUCUGUACAGCUUAUUGCUUCGGCUUCCAAAUCAGCUUUAGAAAUCUUUUUGGCCGGAUUGCGAGUAGUUCAAGCCUGGAUUUUUUUUCCCUCCAUUUACUUAUGAAAUGCAAGGCUUGCACAACAGUUAUAGCCAAUAUUUGUCAGCUCAGUCUCCGAAAAUCCCACAUUUUUUUUUGUUUUUCAUUCCCAAAUUUUGUUCUAAAACACUUUUCUAAAAUGUUAUGAUCGUCCAGCAUUUUUAUAAAGCUUACAGAGAGCUUUUUUGUUUAAUUGAAUUGAGAAACUUUGAACCGUUGGUAAAUAAAUCGUGAAAAGUUGUUAUGAAAUGCGAAUUACUUUGCCUGUGCA